AGUUGCAAGCAAUCAUACCGACAACAAAAACGACACCGUAGCUUCGCCGGAACAUGUUGGAAUACGGAUGGGGAAACCCGUCAUCGAUACUAUUAUCCGGCGAAGAGACAACCCAAGAACUCGACCCGAAUCGUCAGAUUUUUCAUCACUAUGCGACCGCCACCACCACCCACCACCAACCUUUCAACGAAACUAUCCUUUCCCAUCAGAACAACACCACCUUUUCUCACCAAAACCAUUUCCAUGGCCAUAAUCAAGCUCAACCCCAACCACACUCCAAUUUUCAUUCUUUAUAUGACCAGCACUCCUACUCUGGGGCGUCGGCGUACUCCACGGUCCACGCUUCCUUGCUCUCACUGGACCCUGUUCCCUACGUUGGAGGAGAUGGGGGCGGUUACUUUCUUGUUCCGAAGACGGAGGAAGUUCCUAGACCUGUUGAUUUCACGGCGAGGAUUGGUCUCAACUUGGGUGGCCGUACUUACUUCUCCUCCGCUGAGGAUGACUUUGUGAAUCGGCUUUAUCGCCGGCCCAGACCCGGAUAUCUCAGCCCAACCAAUUCCCCCAGGUGUCAAGCCGAGGGUUGCAACGCUGAUCUUACCCACGCUAAGCACUACCAUCGCCGCCAUAAAGUCUGCGAGUUCCAUUCCAAAGCUUCCACCGUCAUCGCCGCUAGCUUGACUCAACGAUUCUGCCAGCAGUGCAGCAGAUUCCAUCUACUGUCGGAAUUCGACAAUGGGAAGCGUAGCUGUCGGAAGAGAUUGGCCGAUCACAAUCGACGGAGGCGAAAAUCUCAACAGCAACCCAAUAGCAGUCAAGAAAACCAGAAGCACCUCCCCCUUGAAAACGGUCUGCAUCCCUCAUCUGAUAAUCCCCCAAGGUCACCGCCGGAUUCUGGGAUUCAGUCUUCUUCUUCAGUAACGGUGGCAGUAUCGCCACCGCGAAUGUCAUUGGAUUGUUUCAAGCAAAGACCUUACAAUGGAACGGCAUCUUCAUCAUCGUCCGGCACACUUUUUUUCUCAACUGGGUAAUUGCUAACAAGUAAUGCCAUUGAACCAGAAAUAUUAUAUAUAUUAUAGACAAUGAAAAUAUUGGAAGAAGGUAGCCAAGGAAUCAGGUUUUGCAAUAACAAGUUG